AUGGCGACAAAAUUCACACCGAUCAACCAGCGCAAGAAGGCUGCAGAUAUCCGCCAUGUUCCUUCCAGAUUACCAGACGUUUCGCCAGGCUCGCCGCCUAUGUCACCGCUUAGUCCGCCGCCGUCGUGGUUUAACGACGAGGACAUGGAAUGCCCUCACACUCCAAUCAGGACGCAAGCGGCUUCUCUGCUAGCGCCCUCUACCAGCUCACCCCUAGGAUCCAAGAGUAACCACACCGAACGUUCCUCACCCUCGCCAUUGUCAGUGGGGCAAGGAUUGGCACCUUCAACGCUCCUGUUCCCACAUCUUCCAGCCCCCGCUCUUCAAAAGAAUGCCCUACCAACCGCUCGCAAGCGUGACUCUGAGGAACUCGGAACACAAGAAGUCGAGCAUGGUCCAAAGGCUGCUCGCCGUAAAACUCAGAAGACAUUCACACAAGACGAAGAAACCGCAUCGUUGACUCCCGUCAGCAACAUGAGCGAAAGCCCGCAACCCCCCGGAAUUCCAAAGACCGGCAGUGCUAUCCAAGCGACGAGGCAGCUUAUCUGA